AUGUCUUCAGAAAAACUCAUAGCUUUUAAGACUAGCAAUGGUGAGGAAUUCAAACUCAAUGAGGCUGUAGCUGUGAGGUCAGAAAUUAUCAAGAACAUGGUGCAAAACGUGGAUUGUACUUCUAAUGUCAUCCCCUUGUCUAAUGUUGAUGGCAAUGUCAUGUCUUCAGAAAAGCUCAUAACUCUUAAGACUAGCGAUGAUGAGGAAUUCAAACUCAACAAGUCUGUAGCUAUAAAGUCAGAAGUCAUCAAGAGCUUAGUACAAGACAUUGAUUCUAAUGUCAUUCCCUUGCCUAAUGUUGAUGGCAAAACAAUGACAAAAGUGAUUAAUUAUUGGAAGAAACAUUCGGAGAAAGGUGUUACAGAAAUUCAGUUAAAGAAUUUUGAUCAGGAUUUCUUGAAGAUGAGUCACUCAGAAUUAUUUGAUGUUCACUUGGCUGCUAGAUAUCUUGAUGAUAAGCAGUUGGAGGAGGUAAUAAUCCAAGAAUCUUUUGAUAGGAUCACAGGGAAAACACUAGAGGAAAUACGUGAAGUAUUUGGUAUCGUGAAUGAUUAUACUCCAGAGGAAGAGGAGCAGGUCCGUAGAGAGAAUGCUUGGGCUUUUAAAUGA